CCUCAGGUGGAUCCAGCAGCAGCGGGAGGACGCAGGAAUCCUCCGGGACUUGAACCAUGGGACUAAAAGCUCCGAGCUUCACCCGGAUUCAAUAAAACAGAUUUCAGAGUCCAGCUAUGAGGAGCAGCGAGACCCGGACGCAGGAGUCGAUGAUCCGAGGCGGGUUGUGACUGUGGGAGAACUGUGAGCCGGUCCAGGUGUGGCUGCUGUACCUGCUGCUGCGGGGUUUACUGUGGACCAUUAAAGGGGCGGUUAUACUUUCUAUAUUUACUCUUUAGGACAGUUUGAGUCACAAUGCCGGAACUCAUCACCGUCACUGAGUUCAUCUCAGAGACUAAUGAGGACUACAAAGCCCCCACCACCUCCAGCUUCACCACCCGGAUGUCCCACUGCAGGAACACCGUGGCAGCUCUGGAGGAGGUUCUGGACGUGGACAGAUCGGUUCUGUACAAGAUCAAGAAGUCGGUGAAAGCCAUCAACACGUCUGGUCUGGCUCACGUUGACAAUGAGGAGCAGUACAUUCUGUCCAUGGAGAAAUUCGGAGACAACUGCGUCUGCCGGGAGGACGCCGAGGUUGGCUCGGCCUUCCUCAAGUUUGCCGUUUUCACCAAAGAGCUGUCGGCGCUCUUCAAGAACCUGUUGCAGAACAUGAACAACAUCAUCACCUUCCCUCUGGACAGUCUGCUGAAGGGAGACCUGAAAGGAGUGAAAGGGGAUCUGAAGAAGCCGUUCGACAAAUCCUGGAAGGAUUACGAGACCAAGCUAGCAAAGCUUGAGAAGGAGAAGAGGGAGCACGCCAAGCAGCACGGGAUGAUUCGCACCGAGUUCAGCGGAGGAGAGAUCGCGGAGGAGAUGGAGAAGGAGCGACGACUCUUCCAGCUGCAGAUGUGCGAGUAUCUGCUCAAAGUGAACGAGAUCAAAGUGAAGAAAGGCGUCGACUUCCUCCAGAACCUCAUCAAGUAUUUCCACGCUCAGUGCAAUUUUUUCCAGGACGGACUGAAAGCUGUGGAGAGUUUGAAACCCUCGAUAGAGAAACUGGCUACAGAUAUAACGGCGAUAAAGCAGACUCAGGAUGGCGAGAGGAAACAGCUGACUCAGCUCCGGGACGUCCUGAAAGCGUCGCUGCAGUCGGAGCAGAAAGAGGACGCUCAGGCCAAACAGAACGCAGGUUACAGCCUCCACCAGCUGCAGGGCAACAAGGCCCACGGCACCGAGCGCUCCGGAGUCCUCUACAAGAAGAGUGAGGGGCUGAGGAAGGUGUGGCAGAAGAGGAAGUGCUCGGUGAAGAACGGUUUCCUGACCAUCUGCCACGGCACGGCUAACAGACCUCCAGCCAAACUCAACCUGCUCACCUGUCAGGUGAAGAGGAAUCCAGAUGAGAAGAAGAGCUUCGAUCUGUUCUCACACGACCGAACGUAUCACUUCCAGACGGAGGAUGAAGCCGAGUGUCAGAUCUGGGUGUCGGUGCUGCAGAACAGUAAAGAGGAGGCGCUGAACAAAGCGUUCAAAGGCGACCAGAACGAAGGCGAGAACAACAUCGUACAGGAGCUCACCAAAGCCAUCGUAGGAGAGGUGAAGAGGAUGAGCGGCAACGACGGCUGCUGCGACUGCGGAGCGCCGGCUCCCACCUGGCUGUCCACCAACCUCGGGGUGCUGAUCUGUAUCGAGUGCUCGGGGAUCCACAGGGAGAUGGGGGUCCACUACUCCAGGAUCCAGAGUCUGGACCUGGACGUCCUGGGAACCUCCGAGCUGCUCUUGGCGAAGAACGUGGGAAAUGCCAACUUCAACGACAUCAUGGAGGCAGAUCUGUCGGCGCAGGGCGUCACCAAACCUGAUCCGACCAGCGGCAUGCAGAUGAGGAAGGACUACAUCACAGCGAAGUACACAGAGAAGCGUUUCGCUCAGCGGCAUUGUGCCGACGCCGCGGCCAGACUGCGAGAUCUCUACGAGGCCGUCAGGAACAAAGACAUCCUGUCUCUGAUCCAGGUCUACGCCGAGGGGGUGGACCUGAUGGACGCCAGCCUGCAGCCCAACGAACACGAACCCGGAGAGACGGUGCUCCACCUGGCGGUCCGUAUGGGCGACAGGGACUCGCUCCACAUCGUCGACUUCCUCGCCCAAAACAGUGGUAACCUGGACAAGCAGACGACCAAAGGAAGCACAGCGCUGCACUACUGCUGCCUGACGGACAACAGCGAGUGUCUGAAACUGCUGCUGAGAGGAAGAGCUUCAGUCUCCAUCACAAACGAAGCCGGAGAGACGCCGCUGGACAUCGCUAAACGUCUCCGACACACAGAGUGUGAAGAACUGUUGACUCAGGCUCAGACGGGAAAGUUUAACGUCCACGUUCACGUCGAGUACGAGUGGCGUCUCCAGAACGAGGACCUGGACGAGAGCGAGGACGAGAUGGAGGACAAGCCAAUCCCCAACCGGCGGGAGGAGCGUCCGGUCAGCUGCUUCGUGCCGGGCAGCGGCCCCAUGCAGCCCAACCUCACGGCGCUGGCCCGGGACGCCGCCUUCCUGGCGCGGGACAAACAACGGCCUCAGGUCCCGAGUAUGAUGCUCAGCAACGAGACCUACGGCACCAUGAUGGACCUCAACCUGCCGCCACCGGGACCGACGCCGCCACUGCCGCCCAGAGUGCCCAACAGAGGUCCAGCUCACAGUAAACCUGCUGCCAUAGAAACUGUAGGAAGACAGCGGUCCUCCUCCGACCCCCCCAACCCUCAGGCCCCCGAGAGGAACUCCUCCAUGUAUGUGCUCCCAGCAGCUCCUCCUCCUCCAGUCAGUAAGAGGUCCAGCAUGAUGGAGACCAAGACCCUGUCAGCCAAGAAUACCCCCCUCCCUCCUCUCCCUCCCCCACCAACAACAGGACUCCCCCCAGUCAUACCGGUGCCUCCGGUCCCAGCGGGCCCCGCCAUCCCACCUCCGCCCCACUUCAAAGCUCCGCCACUGCCCCCACCGGUCCCCAGUCACAGCCGACCGCCGGGACCACCAGGACCCAAGUCCCCCAAAUCACCCACCGGAUCAAAGAAAUCUCCUCCACAGAGACCUCCUGUUAGGACUCCAUCUGUGAACAAAGCAGGAUCGCAGUCCAGAUCCCCACAGAGUCCUUCUCCUCCAACACCCAAACCCAGAAGCACCUACGCUAAGCAGAAGCCUAAGAGGGUGAAGGCCAUCUACAACUGUUUUGCUGAUAAUCCAGACGAGCUGACGUUCACCGAGGGGGAGGUGAUCGUGGUGGAGGGUGAGGAGGACAGCGACUGGUGGGUCGGUCACGUUGAAGGAGAGCCGAGCAGGCGAGGAGCGUUUCCCGUCACCUUCGUUCACUUCAUCACAGAGUGACGGCCGGCGGGUGGGUGUGGGCGGAGAUUACUCACACCUUCGCUCCCGCUCGCUUCCCGUCCUCCACCGACACGGCUCGGCCCGGGUGGAGACAAAGGACAAAGACUCAAAGUGAAGCUGGAGCCCGACCUGGGACCAGAAUCUGACUGGAACACAAAACCACCUGAAAGCUUCAUUUAGUCUUCAGAUGUUAUAAAUGUAGAACAACAACACACCUGAAACUCUCCCACCUGUUCACCUGUUCACCUGUUCACCUGUUCACACCUGGUGUUAACGUCUUCUCGGCUGGUCUGAUCACAAGUGGACAUUUUAACUUCACACAUGGCAUUUAAAUGAGUCUCAAGCAUUGACAGUUUAUAUAACGGACAGAGCUUCUGUCUGUGAAGUGUCUUAAACCUGCAUUCUAUAUAAAGGCCAGCAGGGGGCGCUCCACUGGUUGCAAUAACACACUGAUACCAUUCAGUCUUAUGGAGAAAUGAGUCGACUUCUCAGUUGAUUUAUUCCCUCAGUAAACAGUUUCCUGAUGAGUUUCUGGUCUCAGUCUCUAGUUUCAGUCUUCUUCCAUACAGCAUGAUGUUCAUUUAGUAACUGAUGGUCCCAUUUAGAGUAAAACAGACCAUAAAGCAGGGUAUGCUUUAGGGCGGGGCUACCUUGUGAUUGACAGCUCAUUCUCAGAUCUAAUGUUCAUAAAGUUUCUCCUCGCUCAGCAGUAUUGCGGUUGCUACUUCAUCGGCGUUCACAAACAUCUGCUGCUUAUGUUGCCGACAUUUGAGUCAAGAACCAAACCGACAUCAGACCUCCUUCUGAUUGUGGUCUGAGUGAUCAGAUCCCACCCGCUGUCCACUCGGGAUCAGACCACCCAGGUUGAUACCAGGUCUAAACAGGGAUGAACUCAGAACUGUAUUUUAAAUUGGAAAGAUCCUGAAUGUGUCCGACUGAAUUUGAGGGGAAUUAGUUUAAAAUGAUUAAUUGAAGCAACAUCAGAUCCAAUAAAGGGAAAUCUUAACGCUCCAAUACACAGCAAUAUUUUAGAAAACUGUUACCUCAUCCGACUCCUCCACCAUCCAGACCUGAUCACCGGGUCCAGGUGCUGGACCUCACUGACGCUCUGGAUGCAGCAGGUUCAGCGUCUGUAGGAAGGACUGAAACCAGCAGAACAUGGUGUCACAAUCACACGUUACACUGUUAUAUAUGGACGUCCACAUACUUCUGGCCACAUUGUCGGAGAAGUUCUCAGCUGCGGCCCAGAAACGCUCUGACUGAUGUGAUUUUAACUGGAAACGUGAUGAAUAUUAUUGAUGUUUUAACUCGUUGGCUGAAGGGAAACUCUUUUCCACCACUUAGAUUUUACUGUUCUCUUAUUUUCUCAUAACGCACAGUGUCAAUAAAAACACCUGAAAGGACUCUUUUACCACA